AUGGGCCCUUUGCAGUAUGGACCAGACUUGAGAAUUCAUUGCUGGCUGCACAGUCCACAGAUCCUGUGUGCACUUUACAACCUUGCAAGGGACCCUCUUGGCUUUGAUCCCGCUUUGAACCUCUGGCCAUGCUUCCAGCUCAAUGGCAAUGGUCAGCACUACAUUCGCAAGGAUCUGCUGCCUCUCAGCAAUGAGCAUCUGAAGGAGCAUGAGAAAAAGUGUCGCAGAGACAAGCCUUGGACGUUGCUUCUGCGUGGAAGAGAGGGGUUCAUCAAGUAUGCUGGUACCGUGCACCGCAACUUUGAUGGCAAUGGGCCCGCAGCCCGCAACACUGAAGACCAUGCCCGCUCAACGGUGGCCACUACCCGUCUGUCACGUUGGGCCACGGGGGAAUGGUCCGUGUAUGCGCUUGUUGAUGGAUUUCAAGAAUGGCGACGGUCCAGCACUGAGCAAGAUGCAGAGCGAUUUCUCAUCAGCAUCCUUGGUCCCCUCUCUGCCAACUCCGCAAGAGGUGGAUUGCAUCUCCGUUUCAGUCCCUCAACGCCAUUCCGCGAGGCGGCCGAGAACCUGCUGGUUGCUGCUGGUGUCACUGCAGGACGGCCACCUCUAUCUCCUUGCGAUCAUGCGAUAGAGUCAAUGAUGCAAGAGCAUUGCAACUUUGUCAACGGCACAAAGGGGCAACCCCUCGAGCGCGCCAUUGACAUGGCUUCUCAAGCUUUGAGCACAACGCCUUUCAAGUUGAUGAUAAUCAUGAAGGAUAUCACAGCAGAAGACUUGAGGAACAACGCAGAUGACUAUGGCCUCCACGGUGUGGGAUGCGGACAAGGUCCAGAAGGGUAUCAGAGAAACCUCACUCUGUGCGACUACGCGAGCAACAAUGACGUGCACAAUGGCGUCUUCCGCGUGCACGAUCCACCUGCCUACAGUUGA